GGAACACCAAAGUCCGCCAUCCGCCAAAAAACACAGAAGAAGAAGAAGAAGUGGAGCUGUGUGUCUACAAAGAAGAAACGCAUUAAUAUGGUGUUUUAGUAAUAUUUGGGUGAUUUUUAUAUCAUAUUAACGUACACGUCAAACAGUUUAUUGUGUUUACCGGGGUUUUCCUAUUUAUUCAAACGUAAGCAGGUUGUAAUGAGUGCUGAGGCUGCAGACAGGGAGGCAGUGAGUGGCAGUCGACCCUGCACCCCUCCACAGACAUCCUGGUUUGAGUUUCUGCUUAAUCCAUCAUUACUGGAACAGCACCUACAUAGCCCUCAUCCAGAUCCGUCUCCUGUUCAGCUCAUUUUUCAGUUUCUUGAACAAGCCUCCAAACCAUCAGUAAAUGAACAGAACCAGGUCCAGCCACCAGUGGACAACCGGAGGAACCGGACACUAAAGCUAAUGGCACUCAAGGUUGCCGCUCACCUGAGAUGGGACCUGAACAUGCUAGAAAAAGGUUUAACCAUCCCUGUGCUCAAUAUGUUAUUGAAUGAACUUCUCUGUGUCAGCCAUGUUCCUCCUGGAGUUAAACAUGUAGAUCUGGACUUGUCUUCACUGCCACCCACCACAGCUAUGGCUGUGGUCUUCUACAACAGAUGGGCUAUUCGUACAAUUGUUUUGAGCAGUUUCCCUGAGAAACAGACCAAGCCUGGACCACACCAGCUGAAUAUGAUGAAUAUGCUCCAGCAGGAAAAGGAACACACAGAAAACAUACUGAGUGUGCUCAGAGAACAGGCUACAGACUCUAUCGUGGUUUUAGAAGGAGCCCUGAGCAUCAAAAAAGACUUCUAUAUCCACACACUUCGAACCUUAGACUUGCUAGCUGCAGAUCCCAGUACAACCAAUGGGGAGACAGAGUACUCCACUGCAGGAUUGCGUAUCAGCUUUGAUCACCUCCACUGUCAGGUGCAUUACGAUUUGGGAGGCAUUUAUUUUCAGCAAGGUUGUUCUGACACUUCAGUGUAUGAGAAAGCAAGAGAACAUUUCAGGAAAGCACGCGAACUGCUUACAAAGCUAGAUUUCUCUGCAUCUUUCUGUUGUUUGGAUGAGCAAAGGCUGGCUGGAUACUGGAGUGCCUGCAGAACUCUGACUGGAACCUCAGACUUGAAUGAGAGCCAACACACCCCAUAUGGCCAGAUCAGUUGCUUCAUGAGGAACCACAAUUAUGGGGCACUGAUUGAGGAGUUCAUCUGCGACAAUGUUACACUUAGUCUUCCCAACAGCUUCAGACAUUCAAUUCAACUAGAGCUGAUGCACAAGCUUCAACAAGGGGACAGUGCUCUGGAGGAAGUGUGUAAUAAACUGUGUGUGUGUAAUGCAGUAAGAGAUGCACUAGAAGGUGGCAUCCUCAGUGUGUCUUUUCAUCAGCUGCUUCUCAAACCCAGUAAAAAUAUCAUUAGUUUUCUUCUUGAGGUAUGUACAAGGUCAUUGGAAAAGGAAAACCUGCCUGAGUUGAGCAAGAGUAAAAUGGCUCUUUUCAUCAAGACUGUUUGUGAUCAGUUGGGGGAUGUUUCUCUGGCCUUCAUGGUGUCAUCUCAUAAACUAUUCAAGGAACUUCUUCAAGAAGAAGAGAAGAAAAUCCUGAUGGAGCAAAUGAGAAAAAGCUCAGAUGUCAUAAACCUCAGUUCCAAACCACUGCCAUCAUUUUAUGAUAUACCUGCAUCUGCCAGUGUGAACAUCAGUCAGCUUGAACAGCAACUCAUUCUGUCAUUAGAUGCUAGGCAUAUUCGACAAAUACUUAUUGAGCUGCACGGGAUGGCAGAACGACCAUUCUGGAUGGUUAACACUAAGUGGGAGGUUCCUGUUGACUAUGUAAAUGUCAUACUAGCAAUAAAAGACAAACUGACACGAGACCUGGUGUACAUCUUAUUGGCCAAAGGUCUGCACUGCAUCAAUAUAACGGAUUUUGUACAUGCUUGUCAGCUUUUUACGGCAUGCCUGGAGCUGGUGACAGAGUUUUCUCCAAAGCUGCGUCAGGUCAUGCUUAAUGAACUACUGCUGAUGGAGGUUAGAGCACAUGAGGAAGGCACUGCCAAAGGCAGAAUAGUGAGACCUCCACCUGACCUGGUCAGCAGGGUUCGAGGAUAUCUGGAAAUGAGGAUACAUGAUCUCCCACUACGUCAGACUGUUGGUGAGGAAUGUGUUGUGUUCAUGCUCAACUGGAGGGAGAAUGAGUAUCUGACUCUACAGGUGCCCCAGUCACUUGUCAACAACAAUCCGUAUAUAAAGCUUGGGCAUCUGAUAGCAUCCACCUGUAAGGAACUUCCAGGACCUAAAGAGAGCAGACGCACAGCUAAAGAGCUUUGGGAAGUGGUUGUGCAAAUCUGCAGUUUCUCUAGCCAGCACAAACGCACCAGUGACAGCAGAGUGAGCCUUCUUAAACAGAGAGAGUCAUCUCUUGGUAUUCUGCCCCGGAGCAAAUUCAUCACUUUUGUGAAAAAAAUACGGGAGCCAUUGGUUUUGACUACACUCAUCUCUUUGUUUGUGCGGCUGCACAGUAUUGUACGGGAUGAUAUAGUCAAUGAAGUGACUGCUGAGCACAUCUCCAUAUGGCCUUCAUCUCUCACAAAUUUACAGUCUGUGGAUGUUGACGCUGUGGUCAUCACUUUAAAGGAGCUGGUUAACUAUGCCCUCAGCCUCAACCCCAACAAUCAGUCAUGGCUGUGCACACAAGCCGACAUUUACUUUGUAACCAACCAGUAUUCCACAGCAAUGCAUUAUUACCUUCAGGCUGGGACUGUUUGUUCGGAUUUCUUCACAAAACCAGUUCCUCCAGAUGUCUACACUGACCAGGUUCUGAAGAGAAUGAUCAAGUGUUGCUCAUUGUUGAACUGUCACACUCAGGUGGCUGUACUCUGCCAGUUUUUAAGGGAAGUGGACUACAUGACUGCAUUCAAAGCUCUACAAGAACAAAACAGCCAUGACUCAAUGGAUUCUUUCUACGACUACAUCUGGGAUGUGACAAUUCUGGAAUACCUCACAUACAUUCACCAUAAACGAGGAGAGAGUGACAAAAGACAAGUUGCAAUCAAGGCCAUUGGACGGAAUGAGUUAAACUCCAGUAAUCCAGAGGAAGUCAUGCAGCUCGCCGCACAAAAGAGGAAAAAGAGAUUCCUACAGGCAAUGGCUAAACUAUAUUUUUAAUUCAGGCCAAAAGAAUGCUUUUUUGUGAAUAAAUGUUUUGUUUGUUUUUUACUGAAUCUUUUCUUUUUUCAUGAAACUUUAUUAAAAUAAAUAAACCCAAUCAAAUUCAAA